AGUGGCUGUUUGUCAAGCGUGCGGCCACGUUUUCAUACUGUCCAGCAGGGAUCUUUUCUUGACGAAUUCCAGAAGUUAGUCUGGGUAAUGGGUAGCCAGGGAGACAAACAUUUUACUGUGUGGGCAUUGGUUUCCUCCAGCCGUGCAGAGGGAAUUUAAGAAGCUAUCUGGGCCAUAUCAAGCAGUACUCUCAGCGUUUCAGUAGGUGCUCGGCGUGGGAAUCAGAACACGUGAGACAGCGCUGUACAUGGGUGUUCCACGUGGUGGACUCGGCAAUUAUUUUGUGGGCCUAGUGUUGGCAUUGGUUUGAAGUCGGCGUUACCCAGUAUCGUUGUUCAGUGAGAGACCUGUGAGUCCGGGACUGGAAGAGGAGGGGCCGGUGCUAGGAAUCUCUGCUAUACACUCGAAAAACCGCUAUCCGCAGAAAAAAGUACACUAUACCCAAUACUGCGAUCACAUACCCACGGAAUCCUCUUAGAUGGGUUGAGAAAUGGUUAUUUGGAAAAAAAAAUGGUACACUGAAUUGGUACCGUUACCGUUAUACAGCCAAUUCAUCGAAAAAUCCAAUACAUCCGGCGCCAUUACUUGUGACGUAUUAUAAGAUCCAUUUUCAACACAAUGGUGCUAAUUUCCUAAAGACUAAAACAUCUUUCUAAUUUUCCACCAGUGUCAUAAACUGAUAAGAAUAGGAAUAUGAGGAAUAUACAUGCAAUGAAAUUGACGAAACUUUAUUCCAAGAAUAUUUUAUUAGAAAGACAUAUUAUACAUUCUAUACGAGAUAGAAUCAUUUGCAAGCAGUGUAAAUUGUUUCAUAGCAACAGUGUUGUGUAUGACAAAAGCACAGUGACAUUUGGAAAUAUUCUGUCCAAUGAGAACAGAGUAAGAAUUCAGAAUAAGUUACAGAAAUAUGAGCAACCUGUGAUAAGGAAAGUAGCUGUGUCAGACAACCAUAAGAAGGCUGCUGUAUUAGUUCCAUUAUGUACAGUCAAUGGAGAGCCAUCAUUGCUGUUCAUGGUGAGAUCAAACCUAAUUCCUGCUCAUCGGGGAGAAGUCAGUUUUCCAGGAGGAAUGAUGGAUAAUACAGACCAAGAUUUGAUAACAACUGCUCUCCGUGAAACACAAGAAGAGAUUGGUUUGGAAAUUCCAAGGGAGGCUGUUUGGGGAUCACUUCAGAGUUUACCUAGUAGGCAGAAUGGGGAAACACUGGUGACUCCUAUAAUAGCAAGUUUUGGUGAACUACAGGAAAAUCAGCUAAGAUUGAACAAGGAUGAGGUUGAAAGCAUUUUCACCAGAAAAAUUGUUUCACUUUGCGAUAGCAAAAAUGUAGGAUCCACCCAAUUCAGGCGAGGAAAAUUGCCCUCCCUUCAGUCUGGCUAUACCCUGCCUGUGUACCUUGGUGGAGGACAUCGAAUAUGGGGAUUAACUGCUGUUAUUCUGCACAUGUUUCUUCCCGUGCUGGCCCCUGGAUUAUACAAAUUCAAAUUAAGACAUAGACACUGAUGUUUUAGAAUAAACUGCUGGUGAUUAAAAGUGGCUGUGAUGCAUGCUGUAUGACUCAGGUUGCCAGGUUCUAGCCAGGUCAGUUCUGGCCCCCUGGAUUAUACAAUUAUUAAUACCUAGAUACUGUUAUAUUUUAGAAUAAACUGCUGAGGAAGUGAUUGUGAUGUAUGCUCUAUGACUCAGGGUCUCCAAGAAAUCAGUGCCAACAAAUAAAUUUCAUUUCAAAAUGUGAUUCACAAG